AUGGACUUUUCAUCAUCAUCCCAAGAACAGUAUUCCGUACACAAAGAAGUUACAAAAACAGAGAGAACAGAAGAAGGCGAGAAGGUAAAGCAAUACAUUGGUAUUCGAAGGAGGCCGUGGGGAAAGUUUGCUGCUGAGAUACGGGAUUCAACCAGAAGCGGAAAGAGGGUUUGGCUGGGGACAUUUGACACUGCAGAGGAGGCAGCAUUGGCAUAUGAUCAGGCAUUGUAUUCAAUGAAGGGACCUUCAUCUGCACUCAAUUUUCCGGCUGAAGAUGUCAAGGCGUCUUUGAAAGGAACCAAUUACUACUGCAAUAAAAAGGAUGGGGAGUCUCCUGCAGCUGCUAUAAAGGAGAUGCAUAGGCUUCGUAGAACGUCGUUGUCAUCGAGUUCGAGAGAAAAAAAUAAGCAUCAAAAAGACUUGGUGAUAUUGGAAGAUCUAGGAUCUGAUUUGUUAGAGGAGCUUUUGAGUUCAUGA